AUGAAAAUCAAGCAAAUUAUUGGAAAUAAUUUUUGCCUCCAAAUAGAAGCUAGAGGCCCUGGCCUUAUUGAUUGGUGUUGGUUGAUUUUUGUAUAUCUGAGUACUGACAGGCAUCAAAGAGAGCAACAAUGGCAGUUCUUAUAUGACAGGAAGAGAACUUGGGGAUGUUGUUGGGCCAUAGCAAGAGAUUGGAAUGACAUAGUGAGUAAUAAGGAGAAAAGAGGAGGUCUACCUACAUCUGAACACAUGGCGAUGGUAACAGCUAGAAAGAGAUUCAUGUUUGACAAUAAUUGGCUUAAACCAGAAGGUAUUAUUGUAGCUGUUGAAAAAGGAUGGAUGGGGGAUAUUGAAGGCUCAGAGAUGCUUAAGGUGCACCAGAGG